CUCGGGCGCGCCGGAAGCGGCGGAGGUGCGCGGCGACCGCGGAGCUGCGACGCCGCGGGAGCGAGAGGCGAAGAUAAGUGAAUGGAACUUCAGAAGGAGAGUUGCUAAAAGUGACAGAAAAUGGCAUAUCGAAGAGAUGAAAUGUGGUCUGAAGGGCGAUAUGACUAUGAAAGAGUUCCAAGAGAACGUCUCCCUCCAAGGAUUCAUGGUGAUGGUGAUUACCAUAGAAUAGUAAACAUUGUGCCCAAGAAACCACCACUGCUUGAGAGACCUGGGGACGGGAAUUACAGUCGCUAUGACGAUUACGGUCACGCUGAGUACAGAGACUAUGAGGAGGGUCGUAGUUUUUCCCAUGCCCGAAGAAGCGGCCCUCCACACCGAGGUGUACGUAAGGAUGAAUCAGGAUACAGAUGGGCAAGGGAUGAUCAUCCUACAAGAUCUGAAUACAGGGAUGUCAGAGAUGGCUUCAGAAGAAAAAGCUUCUAUUCUUCUCAUUAUGUGAGAGAUCGAUCCCCUCACAAGAGGGACUCUCCUUUCUUCAGGGAAUCGCCAGGGAGCCGGAGGGAUUCUCCGCACAGCAGAUCUGGCUCUAGUGUCAGCAGCAGGAGCUACUCUCCUGAAAGAAGCAAAGCCUAUCCUUUCCACCAACAUAGCAGAAGUAUGUCAUCUUUACAUAAAAGAAAUAUUUCUUCUCAGCAAGGUAAAGAGAGGACAGGUCAGUCACUGAAAACAUCAAGAGAUGCAUCACCUUCAGGGUCCACAGCAGUACCUUCAUCAAAGGCCUUGGAGAAGAGCAACAGACUGUCAGAAAAGGAACUUGCAGAAGCUGCAAGCAAGUGGGCAGCUGAAAAGUCAGAGAAGGCCGAGGAAAGCAAUAUACCUGAGAUAACAGAGUAUGAUGCUGGUUCUUCAGCUCCAUUAUACAUUGAGCAAGCAGAGGAAACAGAAGCAAACCUAACAGAUAGUACAGAAUUACAUGAGGACAGCCAGCUUCUUAGUCGUUCAAAAGCAAUUGCAGCUAAGACAAAGGAGAUUGAACAGGUCUACAGACAGGACUGUGAAACCUUUGGCAUGGUAGUGAAGAUGCUAAUUGAUAAAGAUCCUUCAUUAGAGAAGUCCAUUCAGUUUGCCCUGAGGCAGAAUUUGCAUGAAAUAGGUGAGCGAUGUGUUGAAGAACUCAAACAUUUCAUUGCUCAGUAUGAUGCUGCCAACCAAGAUGUAUCAGAGUCCUUCAAAGAGGGCUCAUACUAAGGACAAAAAUUUGCUUUUAUCCUCUGCAUUGUGUCUGCCACAGUACAUAAAUCUGCUUUUUGUGGGGAAAGGGGAGCUCUUGUUUGAGGUUUGAACCCAA